GGCGGUAAUGCUCCAGUUGUUGUUGGUCAAUAAAACUCCACUGUGGUUCAUGUUCAGCUCUGCGUCAGGGACAAACCUGUGAAUUGGAGCAUUUUUCGGAUUCCAAACUGUCUCUUCCUCAUCGGUCAGGUUUGUUUUUCUAUGGACUGAAACUGAACCUGUGGACUGUGACCCUCACCUCUCCUCAUGAUGACGAGCUUCCCAGAUCUGCCUUUGUGAGCUACAAGAUCCACCAAAAGAAUGGCCUUCACAUGUGACCAGUGUGGUAAGGUGUGUCUAAAGGCUUCCAGACUGGAAGUACAUUACAGAACUCACACAGGGGAAAGACCAUACAGCUGUGACCAGUGUGGGAAGAAAUUUAUACACUCUGGUGCUCUCAUUGAACAUAUGAGAAUCCACACAGGAGAGAAACCAUUUGAAUGUGAAGAGUGUGGGAAGAAAUUUAGAAAGUCUGGUGCACUCAAUGAACAUAAGAGAAUCCACACGGGGGAAAAAUCAUACAGAUGUUUUGUUUGUGAGAAGACUUUUUCACGGGCAUGGACCCUAACAUCACAUAUGAGACUUCACACUGGAGAGAAACAGUUUGAAUGUGACCAGUGUGGGAAAGAAUUUAUACAAUCUGGUCAUCUCCAACGACAUAUUAGAGUCCACACAGGAGAAAAACGACACAGCUGUGAUGUGUGUGGGAAGACAUUUUCACAGUCAGGCCACUUAGAUGCACAUAUGAGAGUCCACACAGGAGAGAGACCAUACGAGUGUGACCAGUGUGGGAAAGCUUUCUCUCACUUAUCCACUCUCAAUAAACACAAGAGAACUCACCCCUGGUUGAUACUAUAUGAGUGUGACCAGUGUGAAGAGGCUUUUAGAACAUCCCAGGAGCUCUCCAGUCACUACCGAACACACACAGGAGACAAACCAGACGACUGUGGAGAAAGAGGGGAAGGAUUUCAGGUCUGUGAGGAACCGUCUGAAACAUGUCCAAAUGUUCCAGAAGCUACAAGAUCCACCAAAAGAAUGGCCUUCACAUGUGACCAGUGUGGGAAGGUGUGGCCAAAUGCUACCAGACUGAAAAGACACUACAGAAGUCACACAGGAGAAAGACCAUACAGCUGUGACCAGUGUGGGAAGAAAUUUAUACACUCUGGUGCUCUCAGUGAACAUGUGAGAAUCCACACAGGAGAGAAACCAUUCAAAUGUGACCAGUGUGGGAAGAAAUUUAGAAAGUCUGGUGCGCUCAAUGAACAUAAGAGAAUCCACACAGGGGAAAAAUCAUACAGAUGUGAUCUUUGUGAGAAGACAUUUUCACGGUCAUGGAUCCUUAAAUUACAUGUGAGAAUCCACAAAGGAGAGAAACAAUUUGAAUGUGACCAGUGUGGGAAGAAAUUUGUACACUCUGGUGCGCUCAAUGAACACAUGAGAAUCCACACAGGGGAAAAACCAUACAGAUGUGACGUUUGUGAGAACACUUCACGGUCAAGCAACCUAGUUUCACACAUGAGAGUUCACACAGGAGAGCGGCCAUAUGAGUGUGACCAGUGUGGGAAAACUUUUAAACACUCACCCAGUCUCAAUAAACACUUGAGAACUCACUCCUGGUUGAUCCUAUAUGAGUGUGACCAGUGUGAAGAGGCUUUUAGAACAUCCCAGGAGCUCUCCAGUCACUACAGAACACACACAGGAGACAAACUAGACGAGUGUGAAGAAAGAGGGGAAGGAUUUCAGAGUGAAGAGAAAAGCUGCAGCUCUGACCAGUGUGGGACGACUUUGAGACAAGCUGGUCAUCUGAAGGUGCACCCUCUUGAACACACUAAAGGAGAAAGAGCUGCUGAGGCCGGAUCAAAAUGCUCCAGUUGUUGUUGGUCAAUAAAACUCCACUGUGGUUCAUGUUCAGCUCUGCGUCAGGGACAAACCUGUGAAUUGGAGCAUUUUUCGGAUUCCAAACUGUCUCUUCCUCAUCGAGCUACAAGAUCCACCAACAGAAUGGAGUUCACAUGUGACCAGUGUGGAAAGGUGUGGCCAAAGGCUUCCAUACUGAAAGUACAUUACAGAACUCACACAGGGGAAAAACCGUACAGCUGUGACCAGUGUGGGAAGAAAUUUAUACACUCUGGUGCUCUAAGUGAACAUAUGAGAGUCCACACAGGAGAGAAACCAUUUGAAUGUGAAGAGUGUGGGAAGAAAUUUAGAAAGUCUGGUGCGCUCAGUGAACAUAAGAGAAUCCACACGGGGGAAAAAUCAUACAGAUGUUUUGUUUGUGAGAAGACAUUUUCACGGUCAUGGACCCUAACAUCACAUAUGAGAGUUCACACUGGAGAGAAACAAUUUGAAUGUGACCAGUGUGGGAAGGAAUUUAUACAAUCUGGUCAUCUCCAACGACAUAUGAGAACCCACACAGGGGAAAAACCAUACAGCUGUGAUGUUUGUGAGAAGACAUUUGCACAGACAAUCACCUUAGUAUCACAUAUGAGAGUCCACACUGGAGAAAGGCCAUACGAGUGUGACCAGUGUGGGAAAACUUUUUCUCAAUCAUCCACUCUCAAUAAACACAAGAGAACUCACCCCUGGUUGAUACUAUAUGAGUGUGACCAGUGUGAAGAGGCUUUUAGAACAUCCCAGGAGCUCUCCAGUCACUACAGAACACACACAGGAGACAAACUAGACGAGUGUGAAGAAAGAGGGGAAGGAUUUCAGGUCUGUGAGGAACCGUCUGAAACAUGUCCAAAUGUUCCAGACUGAAGAGAAAAGCGGCAGCUCUGACCAGUGUGGGACGACUCUGAGACAAGCUGGUCAUCUGAAGGUGCACCCUCUUGAACACACUAAAGGAGAAAGAGCUGCUGAGUCCGGAUCAAGUGAGACUAAAGUCAGACUCAAAAAGCUGGAGAUCAGGCUUCAGAGACUCCAGACUGUGGAACUGAGCUCUGUGUAGUGUCAACAAUUAAAAACUUUAAAUUGUAUAUAAAGAUUUUCUUUUUUUAGCUAAAGUUUGUCCAUGUUAUUCUUCAUUGUAUUGUUUUUCACUGCACUUCCCUAAUCAGACACAGACCUGAAAUUGCACUUUACUUUUAUACUUUUGACUCUUGUUAGUAACCCACAACAAAAAGUGAAGUAAAAUAUUAGAAUUAGAAUCAGUUUUAGUGUUUUGAAUUUUGCUGAUGUAGAUAAUGUAAUAAUGCAGGAGACAAAACACAAGUCCAGCUCUGUUUUUGAGGAGGGAACAGCAUUAGAACACGACUUAAAGCUCACAGGAGUCGAUUUUACAUAAUAUAAGACCUUUUUUAAACAUACUAAUCUAUUUCUGCAGUAUAAUUAUUACAAACCUGUUGAAUAAUUUGAGUGGGAAUGUUGUUGUUAAUAAAUGAAUGUGCAAUAAUCUCCAAUUUACCCCAGAAGAUCCAUUUGUGUUCCAAAGCCUGAGGGAGACAAAGGUGCUGUUUGCUCAAAGUUAUAUUGUCACAAAACAAUGACUUGUCUUACGUAAAAAAACAAACAAAAAUUAAACAGAGAAUAUGUUGA